CAAAAGGUCUUGAGCUUCCUCUCUAGCCAACGGUCGUACACGAGCAUCCUUUGCUCUACUGCUUGUCAUCUUGGCGUUGCAGAUAGGCAUCAGAUCAAUGUCAAAACCCUAAUCUUCUUUCUGAUUCGCCUCCGGCCCGCUCUCUGCUGCUCUCUUCCGGUUCCAGGUUGCUGCUCCUCCCCAGUCGUCGAUCGACGGGGCUCCGAGGAUUCACCACGUUCAAGUCGAAGAUGGCAUCGGAGCCUUUCACUUUUGGACCUUACAAGAUCGACCCGGCGGAAGUGUUUUACACCACCUCUCUGUCCUUUGCCAUGGUCAAUUUGCGUCCUGUUAUUCCCGGUCAUGUGCUCAUCUGCCCGAGGCGUGAAGUAAAGCGCUUUGUUGAUCUUAGUGCUGAUGAGACUCUUGAUAUAUGGCUUGCUGCAAAGAAAGUUGGUGGUCAGUUGGAACACUAUCACAAUGCAUCAUCUCUGACUUUUACAAUUCAAGAUGGGCCACAAGCUGGACAGACUGUGCCACAUGUCCACAUUCAUAUUCUCCCUCGCAAGGCUGGUGAUUUUAAGGAGAAUGAUGAGGUCUAUGAUGCUAUAGAUGAGAAGGAGAAGGAACUGAAGCAAAAGCUCGACUUAGAUAAGGAAAGGAAAGAUCGGAGCUUUGAGGAGAUGGCCCGGGAAGCAGAGGAAUACAGAAAGCUUUUCCUCUGAGACAGGCUCUUGGAUUGGGCAGGAUGGCUUGUUGUCUCAGCCGAUUCUUUUCCUUGUGAACGUCCCUCCAUUAGCUUUAGGUGCAUGCAUUGUUGGUCCUCAACCAGAAGAAACAUUCAUUUGCUUGUUAUUUGGCUUGAAAUGAUUUGUGAAUGAGUUUAGCACUGUUGGAGGGUGAUGCGACUGGUUGGAGCAACUAUGAAAUAGCUGAUUAUACUUGUAUGACUUGAUGUUCUCAAUCUUAUUUUUGAAACUAACGAUGGAUUUUUCUUGGAAAAA